UCAAACUAAGAUAAGGAUUCUGCUAUCUGAAGAGUUAUUGUAUUACAAUACGUUGACCUAACGUAAGCUUAAGUGUGAGUGCUUCGCUUCAGUUUUAUUUAGAUCUAUAACUUUAAUAAAGUUUAUAAUAACAUUUGACAUUUUUAAUAAAAAUGGAAUCAGAAUCACACAAUAUGAAUAAAUACUAUCCACCAGUGCAUCAAGUUUCAAGUGCGCCCCCAGCAUACAUAGAUGGUUUUCCCCAACAAUUAAACCAGACGCCUACAAUAAUACAUCAACAACCAGCUCCUGUACCCGCUUCUAUAACUCUUAACCAAAUAUCAGGCGGAGGACCUCUUGUUUUGGGCCAAUGUCCAUCUUGCAGAGUUGGCGAAUUAAAAAAUAAUUAUACUUUUUGUGGAAUUUGCUGUGCUCUGGUUUUAUUCCCAAUUGGAAUACUUUGUUGCUGCCAUUGGAGACAGAAGAAAUGCUCCAACUGUGGAUGGAGAUCGGCAUAGAAGAUCCAUCUACAAGGCACGUGCAUUCUGA